UCAUCUGGGCUUUUAAAGGGUGAGAGCCAGGGGCUCGCGCAGUUGCCCUGAAGGGAGCUUGCUAGCUGGUUAGGAGAAGGGGGAAGGAAGUCGGGGCGCUAGGAGCGCUCUGGCUGCCGGCCCGUAGAAGAGGGACCGUGGUAUAGAGGAAAGCAGCCACAGAUGCCGAAUCCCUUCCAGGUCCGGGUGGUCCAGCUGUCCCUACUCGGUUAUUUUUAGAAGUCGAAAGGGUGAAGGAAGGUGUUGGGAGCAGUCUUCCUUCCCACUGUUUCCCCCGGUCGCCCCUCCUGAUGCUUAAUCCUGGCACAGUUCUACCCCUCCCCGACGCUCCCCCUUCCCCCGGCACUGGCAUCCUAGUAUAAUGGAAAGCGCCUUGGAUCUGGAAAUAGAAAUCCUGCGUUCUAGUCCUCCCUUUGCUACUUAGCGCUGCUGGGUUGACCUCAGGUUUCUAGAAGAGAGUGAGGAUUAGUCCCCUCACCUCCCUAUGGGCAGCUGGCAAGCAGGAGAGAACCUGCAGCUUUGCCUGGCACACCGUCCACCUUUGGUUUGUGCUGCGCUUGCUUUGUUGCUGCUUGGGGCUUCAGGUCUAGGCCUCGGUGGUUUUAUCCUUAACCAUGGCGAUGGGCUCCGAAAUCCUGAUAUCCCUCAGGACUGGGUCACCUUCAUGAGGUCUCUGGGGCAACUGACUCUGUGCCCUUGGAAUAAGACUGCUGCAGAGAAACCCCCUGGGCCUGAGUCUCAUACUGUGAAACUGCUGACCAGUUUAAACUUAGGAGACAGCAUCAAGAAAAACAGGACUCAGCAACUACGGGCCACUGUCCGUGGUCUCCAACUGGGACAAAGUGGUUCUUCUGCAGAGGAGCUAGUAUUGAUCACAGCCCUGGUGCCAGUAGAAAAAACCUCUGGGACUUGCCUGGUUUUCAGUGCAGCCCCUAAAAUCCUGCCCUCCAGCCAACCACCCACAUCCUGCUUAGAGGAAGAGGAAGGAGAUACAGUGAACACACAUGCUGUUGAGAGUUCCAAGCCAGAAGAAGAAUGUUAUGAUGUCUGGAGCCAUGAGGGCCUUAUUCUCACCAAGCUACUUACUAUGGAGGAACGUGUUUUGUGUGGUUCCAGACUUCUCUACUUCAGCUGCUUUCUCCUCUUCUUCUUUGGCUUCCUAUGCUGCUUUGCAGCAAUCUGUAGCCAUCCACGUUGGGAUACACCUUGGCAGAGGACCCAUAUCUAAACUCAAUGGCUUCAGGCUGUGCUUUGCUUAAAGGUCUGUGAUUCAUGUUCUGUAGGCUCAUCUGGGCCCCUUGAGUUGGAUCAGAUGGGAGGGGGGAACUAAAAGAGGGACUGAGGACCAUUAAAAAUAUUUCUUAUUCCUACUGUGA